AUGUCAGCCUCAAAAGCUCUAAAAGUACUCAUAGUGGGUAAAAACCCAAAUGUUGUCUUCUACGCCUUCAGAUUCCAACUAGCAAGGAACAUAGAACUUUUUCAUGUCAGUGACUCGAAAUCAAACGUAUUCAAGAUAGAUACCGUGACAUAUGGACAAAAGGAAUUUCAACUAGAUAACCAUUUCACUUCCAUUGAAAAUUUACGUGAAGCAAUGUCAUCCCUAUCAAAUGGAAAGUCUUUCAUCAUAGAUAUUAUAGUAUUAAGUGCAUCUUCUCUACAAGAACUUUCUUCUCUACCAUCAAAGAUUAAACCAUUAGUUGAUGAAAAUACAAAAAUUUUCAUUGAAAGCACAGGUUUUAUUCAAUUAGAACCUUUCAUCAAAAAUUCCAGAGAAUUGUCCUCCUUAAAUUUAAACGUUUUCAGUAUGAUUACUCACUAUGAUAUUCGUCAAAUUGCUCCCAACAACUAUAAACAAUUUAAUAACAAUUCAAAUUCAAAUGUAAUAUAUUUGGGUUGUAAAAAUACAAAGAAAAGAACAGGUUCAUUCUUAAACAGUAAUAAAUAUUCGAAUGAAAUUGCAAACUCUUUAGACCUUUUCGCAAAAAUGUUUUCUAAAUUAUUCCCAAACGAUUCAAUCAAUUUAUGUAACCAUUCAUAUCAGGAUUUCUUGAACGAACAAUGGGCCAUUGCAAUCCCAAAAAUCUCAUUGGAUCCUUUACUCAUUAUUUUUGAAGAAACGUCUCCAUCCAAUCUUUCAAAACAAAUCUUAGCUAAGCCUUUAAUUUCAGGGAUAAUAACUGAAUUAAUUACCAUUGCCAAAAAUAUGAACGUCAAAUUAUCGGUGGAUAAUGAAGAUAAAAUCAUAAGCAAUUGGGAGUCUAACUAUAAAAAUGAUGAAAUUCCAUCAUUAUUGUAUCAUUUCAUCCAAAGAACUUCAACUCCAGAUAUCGAUCUGUCACUGUUACAAUCGAUCUUAUUGGCGGACAACUAUGAUAUUAAGACACCAUAUCUAGAAUUUCUUUAUACCACAUUUUGUCAAUUCGAUAGACUAAAUAGUGACAAUUCAAAAUGGUUUACUAGAUAUGAAAAUACUGAAGGUUUGAGACGAAAAUUGAAUGCAAUGACAACAACAAAAAAUAAUUUCGAAGAAAGUUACAAUACUUUACAAUUAAAUUUAAAUGAAAAAGAGGUCACGUUAUCCAAUUUAAGAGACAACGACCAACUGCUAAGAAGUAAAAUCGCAUCUUUAGAAGGGGAACUAAUUUCUGCCAGAGAGUCACUAACGUUACAAGAAAGAGAGAGUGCUAAUAAAAUUUCAUCUUUAGAAAAUCAAUUACAAAGGUUGAAACUGGCAAACAAUGAUUCAAAAAAAUUGAGUGAAUCAUUCAAUGAUGAACAAAAUGACUCCGUCAUUAUUCACAGUAAUAACUUCAAUAAUAUGCAAAGGGAAAUUUUGGCUAAUAGUACAAGCCUCAACGUGGAUAGGUCCUCUGAAGCUUUAGAACCAACCAAGAGAGAACUUGCCAUACGAGAACGUGAAUCCGAAUUACAAAAGAGAUUUGCUCAACAUCAGCAAAAGACUCACAAUUCCAUUCCACAAUCUCAGACUCCCCAAAUUUCAUUUUCAAACCAGUACCAACAUCCUUCACUGCAACCUUCCCAAGUCUCGUUUAAUCAGCCACCAUCAACUCCUGUAAUGCAAACUAACAUUCCUAUCAAACCUAAAUCUAGCACAUUGAAUAGAAGUCACACCAUGCAGGGUUUAGCACCGAUCAAUACCAAGUUCCAGGCGCCAAGAUUACAACAAACUUCCAAUAUCUCUUUGAAUAAAGUGAGUAAUCGCAGUACCCCUCAACCACAAUCAAUAAACAACUUUCAUGAACAUAAUUCUUCUAGUGUGAGUAACUUGAAUGUUCCAUUCGAUGGUAUGGAUUCUAGGUACAAUAAAAUACCCCACUCUUCGCAUUUUAUCAAACCAACCAAUAGGAAAAAUAAGAGAAACGAUUCUUUAAGAUUGGGUCAUGCUUCAAGUAUUGGUUUUGCUGAUUUCACCAAUCAAAGGGUUACACCAUCCACAGGAUUAUCAUAUCAAAUUCCUCGCAGUGCCUCCACUAAUAAUUUUAGAUCUGGGAGAACUUCUGCCUACGAAAUGCCAAAUCCUGUAAAAACAAAACCAUUCAAAAUGAAUACAAUCAAUAAUUCCAUGAAUGAUUUCAGCAGCCUACAACAAAGGCAAAUAAGCACCAGUACAAUGAUAGAGAAUAACGUUACCAAGAAGCCAUUAAGUGAGCCAAAACCUGUUAUUCAAUUUGGUAGUGCAAGCAACAAUAGCAACUCAAAUAAUAGUAGCAGUAAUAGUACCAACACACGAGAGUCAAACUCGCUGUCGCCAUUAAAGAUGGAUCCACCAACUGAGCCAACUUCAACAUCGAAUUCGUUAGAAGAAAGUAUUGUAGAAGUAGAAACUCCUAAAAAGAAGAAGAAAUUCGGAUUAUUUGGCAGAAAGAAGGGCAAAAAAUAA